CGGAUGAUAAUAUGACCGAUGAUGCGGACGAUUAUUUGCGAAAGGCGGUCAAUUCUAUGAUUGGAGAAGUGAGAAGUAACUCAUUGAAAGUAAAUGGCAUAGAUUUGGAUGAAACUUUCGAAAAAUUCUGUGAUGAGUGUGAAAAUGAAUUUGA